GACGCCCGUCCCUCCGCAGGCGCCGGGGGCCGGGCCGGUGGGGGCGGUGCUGGCAGCCGGGCCGGGCCGGGCCGAGCCGCGGGCAGCAGCGCCGGGCGGGGGGCAGCCCGCAGCAUGUCGCCGCUCCGCGUCUGCAUCGUCGGCUCGGGGAACUGGGGAUCAGCCAUAGCAAGAAUCAUCGGCAAAAAUGUCCAGAAGUCCAACAGAUUCGAUCCUACUGUCAAGAUGUGGGUAUUUGAAGAGAUCAUCAAUGGAAGAAAACUCUCAGAAAUAAUCAACCAGGAACAUGAAAAUGUUAAAUACCUACGUGGAUACAAGAUACCCAAAAAUGUGGUGGCUGUACCAGACGUGGCUGAAGCAACAAAUGGGGCAGAUGUUCUAGUGUUUGUUCUGCCACAUCAAUUCAUUGGACGAAUCUGUGAGCAGAUUGCAGGCCAGAUAAAACCCGGGACAUUUGGGAUUUCCCUGAUCAAGGGGAUCGAUGAGGGUCCCGAUGGCCUGAAGCUCAUAUCUGACCUCAUCCGGGAGAAACUGAAAAUAGAAAUCAGUGUGCUUAUGGGGGCCAACAUAGCCAAAGAAGUGGCUGAUGAGAAGUUCUGUGAAACCACCAUUGGGUGCAAAAAUGAAAAACAAGGGGAAAUCUUUAAAGAAUUAAUGCAGACCCCCAAUUUCAGGAUUACCGUGGUGCUUGACUCUGAUACAGUGGAGAUCUGUGGAGCCUUAAAAAACAUCGUAGCAGUGGGAGCUGGCUUUUGCGAUGGACUGGAUUUCGGCGAUAAUACAAAGGCAGCAGUCAUACGCUUGGGCCUUAUGGAAAUGGUGGCCUUUGCCAAGAUGUUCUGCAGGGGACCGGUAUCGAUAGCCACUUUUCUGGAAAGCUGUGGUGUCGCUGAUCUAAUCACUACCUGCUAUGGGGGACGCAACAGAAAAGUAGCAGAAGCCUUUGCUCGCACAGGAAAGUCCAUCGAGGAGCUGGAAAAUGAGAUGCUGAAUGGACAAAAGCUGCAAGGUCCUCAGACCUCAGCUGAAGUCUACAAGAUUCUGAAACAGAAAAAUAUGCUUGAUAAGUUUCCGUUAUUUACAACCAUCUACAAGAUCUGCUAUGAGGGUCAGUCGAUCCAGGAUUUCAUCGCGUGCUUACAGAACCACCCAGAGCACAUUUAGAGAUCCCCUCUCCUCACCUGGUUGCAUUCUCAUCUUCCCAGGACUUCUGUCCACUCCACUGCAAAAGUAGAGAAACACGUUGCGCAACAAGACUUGCUGUAAAAGCAACAAAGAAUGUAUUUCAGUAUCCUCAUUCUGAGGGGAAAAAAAACCCCUAUAAAUCUGCCUUUAAUUUCAAUGUUGUACCUAAGGAACAGGAAACAAAUGUAAAAUGUAACAGUAUUUGAUUUGAGUUAGUAACGCAGACAUUUCCCUAGAAUUACUUUCUUGUUGAUUGAAAACAGUUUCCCUCGUAGUUUCCAUAACAAAUGCUCAACCUAGCUCAUAUCACCCUUAACAUUUUGUCUAAUGAUAUUACUUACAAAACAGCACAAGACACAGAAAAAUUGAAGACCUCAUCCAAACAGAAAAAUUAUAGUAGAAAAAACGUGACAGCAAUAAGAUGUAAUCACAUAGGCAAAUGUUGGCUUUCCAUAACUCCCUUCACACACAAAUAACCUUUUGUGUUUUGCAACAUGGGGUCCUUCCUUGAUUUUGUUUCCCAGUGUAAGCCUCGCUGAAAAAAUAGGUAUUGUUCCCAUACUCAGACACACGCGAAUGUUCAGAUGUAUAAAUAAAACAGUUUAAGGUGUAGGGGGGAAGGAGAAAGAAGGGGUUUUUGGGGGUGGUUGGUUUGUUUCAAAUUCAGGACACUAGGAAUCCUCAGUAGUAGUCUGACCUUCAUGAAACUUACUUGAAAUUCAUGAAAUUUCCUUGAAAUACAGAAAAAAAGUUUGGAAUAACCAAAUACAUUUAUGUUAGAUUUCUCAGCAAGACAUCCUCAUUAAUUGGUACUAGCUGAGAGGGGAAAACUGGAAGCCAACAAGGAAGAUGCUUGUGCGAUGCUACUGUUUUAAGGAUAUAAGAGGUAACAGUGAAAACUCCUCUGUGAUACUUGACUUUUUAUACAUGCAUCAAAAUGACCGCUAUAGACGCACAGAAAUCCUGUAAAAUUGCAUUUGAAACUGGGCUGCAUUUUAAUUCCGCUGGGAAACUCCCCUGGGCUGACACCAGUGCAGUUCCUCACAUCCUUCCAGACUGCAGACUAAUGCCCUGAUCUUGCUGUACCUUAAGCAACGCAUCUUAUACUCCAGAUGAGAGAUCCAUCUACUUCUGGAUUUUAGACACAAACUGGUUCAUAUACCAGGUUUUUUUAUUUUGCUACCAAUAGCAUUAAUUUUACAAACAUAACUUUUUAAACGUUAUAGCUGUAGUUGGGUGACUUCACAUACCUGAUGUUUUUCAGAGUUAAAGCCAUCUAUGAAAUGAACAGUGGCACAUUUUAUAAGCAUUAAUACCCUUUUGAAAGAGUCCUAUUUUGAGACAAGGCAAACAAAAAGGAAGAGUAACCUACUUUUCCUUUGCUUUAUCCUAUUUUCCAAAAUAGCAGAGAGGAAGGCAAGUUGUUUUUUUCAAUCUCUAUGUAUUCACUGACAUAUUGCUUGGGGGGGGG